UAAAGGUUUGCUCAUUACUGCGAUCAUCCUCGCUAAACUUGCUUGGCCACUGCCAGAAUCGGCGUUUGGUAGAACAAGUCACAGCAGAAACGACGUCGUCAUCUCCCUAAACUCCCGAUAGUUGUGCGUCGUUCGUCACAGUUGUUUGAUAAAUACUGUUGCUCAAAAUGUCUAUUGUCUUUGGCAAUUCAGGCUCUAUGUGCAUCAAAAACUUUUGAGAUGAACUAAAAGUUUAUUUUGAUGGAGUGCAUCGUGCAAGGAAUUAUAGAGACACAGCAUGUGGAGGCCCUUGAGAUUCUUCUUCAGGGACUAUGUGGUGUUCAUAGAGAACGCUUGAGGAUCCAUGAAAUUUGCUUAAAAAAUUCUCCCAACCUUGGGAAUGUUGCUUCAGAGAUUAGACUCUUAUGUGAUCUUGAGCAGACUGAACACAUGUGGACUGUUAAACAUGUUGGGGGUGCAAUGAGGGGUGCUGGUGCAGAGCAAAUCUCUGUUCUUGUAAGAACUAUGGUGGAGAGCAAAGUAAGCAAGAAUGUGCUUCGUCUAUUCUAUGCACUUGGCUACAAGUUGGAUCAUGAGCUGCUGAGAGUGGGCUUUGCCUUCCAUUUUUUAAGGGGUGCUCAGAUUACAGUUACUGUGUCAUCUAUUAAUAAGAUGCUAAAAUUACAUGCAACCGAUGAGGCUGUGCCAGUAACUCCUGGAAUACAAGUAGUUGAAGUGACAGCACCUGCAACCUCUGAAAAUUAUACUGAAGUGGCUGCUGCAAUGUCAUCAUUUUGCGAAUAUCUUGCACCGCUUCUACAUUUGUCAAAACCAGGUGUUUCAACAGGGGUUGUUGCUACUGCUGCUGCUGCCGCUGCGUCUCUUAUGUCAGAUGGUGGAGGCACAACUUUGUAGCCAGGUUGUAAGAUUGCUAGGUGUUAGAUACAUUUUAUUAAUACUCGCUUAAUUAUCGAUUGCUGCUUUUAAAUCGUCGCUCAAGAUGCCUGUGCUGUAACCACUUCAGAACGGCUGAUAUAGUUGUUUUCAUUAACUUAAAACAAGAUAUGAAGUGGAUAUGGAAGAGUAUGAUGUUAUUCAGGGCUGUACCUUUCAAAGCUCAAUUUUCUGUAGAUUUUCUUCAUGCACAGGCGUAAGGAAAGAGUUAAGCGUUGGAUUGACUGGCUGAGCCUGGAAUGAGAAAUUUUAACUGUGACAGCUUGACAGAAUUGCUUGCAAAUGAAGAAAAAGAGGAAAAAGCAUGGUUGUUGAAUGUGAGGGACACAUAUUGGCAUAAAUCUUAAAAUGGUUCUUGUGGAGUAGGUAUCUUUUUCUGUCUUAAAUAUU